AUUUACAUGAAAAUAAUAUGAAGCACAUGUUCACCCUCAAAAUUAAAGCCGAGGUUAGGCUUGGCUUCGCUGAUCGACGCGCCGACGGUUAAAAGAGAUCCAGCGUUGGACAAUAUCCCCGCCACUCUAUCUGUUCCUACCACUCGUACGUGCUGUACAGAGAACACAAGACGCUUAUCGAGGCUUACGGUGACAUCUUACGAAUUGUGCAUCUGAAAUUAGAGAAGAGCGAGAUUCAAUCGCCGCAAUUCCAUCGAUACAUAAUCUGGACAUCGCAUCAGGACGAAAAUCGCUCUCAUCUUUUCCUGACUCCUGACCAUAAUCAUGGCGGCAUCCAACGGAGGCAAAGACUUUAUCAUCAAGCACAUGAAUGCCGACCAUCAGGAUUCGUUGGUGCUCUAUCUCCGGGUCUACUCCCAAAUCUCCGCCAGGGAGGCCAAGUCUGCUCGAUUGGAAGACAUCAGUCUCUCGGACCUGGUCAUCAGCGCCAAUGGCACGCGAUACAGUGUUCCAGUUGACCCGCCGAUGAAAACAUUCUCGGAUGCACGAUCUCGAGUGGUGGCCAUGCACAAAGAAUGCUUGCAGAAGCUGGGAAUCUCUGACAUUAUCAUCAAGGAAUAUCGAGCUCCCCGGGGUGCUGGCGCCGUGACCUUCGCCAUCUGCCUUGCCAUCUUGCUUGGGUAUCCCCGACAGACCGAUUUCCAACCCGGCUCGAUUCUCUACGACACCAUUGGCCUUGCCAAUAUCCCUUCGGUGGCCGAGUUCCUCUACAGUUUCCAACCUCUUCUCUUCCCACUCGUGCUCGGUGCUCACUUGCUUGAAACAACUCUAUUUGCGUUUCUGCGACUGAAGCCUCACGGAGUAACCUUCUUAUCGGGCGUAUGGUUCGCAUGGAUUGUGUCAACUCUGAUUGAAGGAGGGGGAGCAUGGAUGAGAUUUGGGAAGAUGGUGAAGAAGGAGAGUGCGAAGAGGGAGCAUCGCCAGUGAUGGAUGGAGAUGAUUAAUUAAUCACAUGUAACUAGCAUAGAACGUAUUCGGUACCUGAAUACUAAUAAUAUUAUUAUCAUAAUUAACCUCGUCAUGAACCGAU